CGAUGCUCGAUGCUUUGAGGUUUUUUUACAUCACUACCUUACAUCAUUCAGCGUCCAGAACUUAAAAUUCGUGCCUGUGCGUGCCUGUUGCUAGAGCUGCAACGGUACUCCAAGUAGAUUCGCUGGCAAGCCCACUCCGCCCCACCUGCACCACCAUAGGUCUCGCCGAGACGGCUGUCCUAGACCUGAUGGCUGCCAAUUUGCAACAGCAGCGUUCCCUUAAUUCCCAACUACGUCGCGAGAUGGGAAUAGAACGGAUUCAGGUCUCUGAAGCGUGUACGCUGAUGAUGAAGUAUAUAUUGGAGAACGAAGCGAACGACUCUCUGCUGAGCGGAUUCAACAGCCAAAACUUGAAUCCGUUCCGCGAGAAGAGCUCGUGCAGCAUCUUAUAAGUAUAAUUAUAAGUUCGAACUGUGCCACCCCACACACGUUCCUAACAACAGUAUUUAUUGAUAUAUACAAAAACUACUCAUAUAUUAUAUUGUACUCAAAUAGACCCGCCGAAUGGCGGGGAAUAUGCAUGCAUGUGUGUAUUAGUAUAACCUAUUGAUGUUUGUUGUAAGUAUGCUGACCUCAAUUAUGUCUAUAAACUGAAUAUAUACAAUGUAUAGGGCAGAUA